UCGGCAAAACUCAAUCUAAAGCGCGGGUAUAGCAAUAAUCAUCAUUAAGAAAUAAUCUCGACUGUUGUCUAGGGGAUAAUAUAUUGUCCGUUGGAAAUAUAAAAGUCACUCAGAAGUCUGCAGGCUUCAGUCUUUUUGGGGAAUCGCUGGGUUUCACGUGUCUCAGAGAGAGUGAGGAGAAACGACAAAACUUGCCCGGGUCUUUGACGAAGCAACUCCGUUGAAUCAGGGGAGCGUUGUUUCCCUGUUAUUAGUUUGAAGUCCUUCUCGGUAUUAUCAGCCACCCGCUCCCCAGGCAGAGAAGUUACGUUGCGCACGUGGCUUUUGACUGGCUUCCAGCUAUCACGGGAGCGUUGAGCGAUCGAGUACUUCUGGUGCAUCGCUGGGGUACCGCCUUCUGCAGUCCCCUUUUAUCUUGACUUGCAGAGUUGUAGAUGUCCAUCAAAGUAGGGUGAUGCAAUCCCCAUCCCCACAUUGCCCGAGGGUGUCCAUAUCCGUGGUAGCUGUCACGUAGCAGGGACAUGCAUUUAGUACAGGUGUCUCUAAGAGCCAUGGCCAAAACCGUUACAUUGUCUCUCAUUUGCCAGGGUCCAAGACCCGAAUUAAUAGUGCUCUUGCGAUUCUCCGGAAGGAGGGGGCUGCUCCCGCCCCUUUGGCCCCUCAGAGCUGUGGUACAUUCAUAGCAAUAUAUGCUCCAGUUCUCCUGUGUUUUAGGAAUCCAAAGAGACUGUACCUCACAAAAGAAACACAAUCCACUAACAUGCACAAAAUGCUAGAGGAAGUCAGCAGGUCAGACUGCACCCACGGAAAGAAACAAACAGUCGAUGCUUCAGGCCGAGACUUCUUUGGUUCUGGAAAGAGAGGGGGAAGUGGUCUAUUAACAUUGCCAGGCCUAGAAAACCAGGCGUUGAAGGAUUACCUUCAUUAUACUAAAUUACAAAAUCAAUUACUACCCACGAAAGGUGAACUGGCUGGGCUCAUUCUGACAGAGGUUGGAAUCUCUGGCAGUAUGACCAACCUUCUGAGAGCAGAGUGAACUGAGAGAUAAAAUGGAGGGCUUCGAUAUCAUUGUUAAAGACCUCUUGGUAGAGGGGUUAAAAAAUAUAUUACUUUUAAAUGAAUCAGUAGAGUGACUGGAGGGGAAAUGAAAGCAGAGUGUGCAGGGAAGACUGGAAUCCCCUGACUGAAGGACCGGGAAUAAAAGCAGAGCCAUAGACCAACAUGGAUAUGAUGGACAGAAUCACAUCCUUUGGGUCAUGAAUUGUCUGUGACUCUAAUGUUGAAGCCCUGGUUUUGGUGAAAGGCCUGUUCUUCAUGUUUGCACACUGAAUGACAGGACAACAUGAAUGCUGGUGAAUAAUGAUUAAAGGCCUGCCCUAAAGAUCCAGGGAUAUUGGUUAGAUACCGGCUGGGAAAUUCAAUUUCAAGUAAUUUAAUAUGGAAUUAUAAAGUCUUAUCAGCAAUAGUGACCAUAAAAGUACCAGAUGAAAACCCAGUUGAUUCUCAGCAUUACAAUCAUUUUUGCAGGAUAAAGGAAGCCUAAAGCUAGGGGGCAGAGAUUUAAAAUGAGAGGAGCAUGCAUUUAAAAGGAACCCAAAAGAGUUAAAAUUCUUCACUGAGAUUGAAGAUUAAGUUUGUCAGAAGAUCAAAUACUUAAAAUGAUUGCUGAUUAAGAAGAGAAUUCUGGCACUGCAUGCAUCAUCCAGAUGACUGUCAUGCCAUCAAGUGCAGAUAUCAUGGACAACUCGCACAGCCAGACUGUCCUUAGUUGCUUGAAUGAACAGCGCACCAAAGGUGUAUUCUGUGAUGUCACCAUUGUUGUGGAAGACACAAAAUUUAAAGCCCACAAGAAUGUUUUGGCAGCAUCCAGUGCUUACUUUAAGAACCUUUUUUCCAGCCAAGAGUUGUGGUUGGUCGGUCAUAUCCUUGAAUUGCCUGACUUUAAGGCAGAUGUGUUUGCCGAAAUAUUGCAUUUCAUCUACAGCUCAAAGGUGGUUGUCAAGGGAUCUGAGCGAGUGAAAGAUCUUGUGGAUGGUGGAAAAAGGUUAGGGAUAUCGUUUCUGGAAAACCUGAUGCCCACGCCCCAGCAACACAUUGUGUCUCUGGAUGUUUUGUGCAGCGCGUCUCCCAAUUCCACUCGAUCGCUUUCUCCUGCUUCUUCCCUUUCCUUAUCAGCGGGUUUCCACAAUCUGAAAGCGGAGGCCUGCAAUUCUGUCUGUGACAAAGGCAGUGAAGAGUUUCAGCCUGCCAAUGGGCCCCGCAUCACAAAUGCAUUUUCCAUUUUCAACAUGCAGGAAGGCAGCGACUUGUACUUUCCACUUGACUUAACAGCCAACGUCAACAAAAAAGUAGCAGAAUCUGAUAAGCUGCCCAUGGUAUGUGUUCCCCAGGAUACAACUAGAGCGCAGCAAAAGCCUGCUCAGACAUUCGCUGAACAUUCCUAUGCUGUGUUCUCCUCCAGAAAAGAUCAGCAAAAUGGUGAACACCAUGGUCUUCAAGAAGUUUUACAAGAAAAAGACAGCCCUUUAUGUAACAGUAGUUGCACUGCUACUGGCACUGGAAGCAGGCAGGAUGUUCAUCCUGAUUUGCAAGGCCAGAUUUGCAAGCCGAGCCAACCACCCCAAGCUGCCACUUCAACUGACUUCAAGGUUCUACGAUUCAAUUUAAAUGUUCUGCAGACCACAAGCAAAAGUAAUCCAGUAGGCUUUGUGCCCGUGGCUGAGCCAUUAAAUGAGCCAACCUUGAAUUCACAGGAGGCUUCAGGUAGAGCUACAGAUCCAGAGAAAUGUUGCCCUCUUGCGGAAAAUAUCAGCCAAACAGGGCCCGAUGCUGCUUGGUCUGAAGCGGCGCCAGAAUCGGAAAGCCAAGCUGCUUACAGCUGCAAGUACUGCCCGCGGUCCUUCAGCACUCGGGUUUCAUUGAAUGUCCACUCCCAGAUCCACACGAGCCUCUUCGAAAAGCCCCUGUCCUGCAGGCACUGUGGCAAACCGUUUGUUCAUCUCAAGAGGCUCCAGACGCAUGAGCACCUUUGCAGAGGGCCAGGAUCCGUUGCGCCUGACUCCGAGUCCACAGACGAGCAAGUGGAGAACUUUUCCAGCGACAAUGAAGUCGCCAGGAGCGAGGAAGAUGUAAAUAUGAUUUCCUGUACUUCAGAAUCGGAGAAUUCCAACAAGCGCUCGAUAAACUUGGUACGGUCAAGGCGAGGUAGCAGCUCACCAGACCCAGAACAUUUUGUAAAGGUUGUUGACGGACACAUCUUGUAUUUUUGCAGUGUUUGCAAGCGCUCCUACGUAACCUUGUCCAGCUUGAAGAGACAUGCCAAUGUUCAUUCUUGGAGAAGAAGCUAUCCCUGUCAUUACUGCAGUAAAGUAUUUGCUUUGGCUGAAUAUCGCACCAAACAUGAAAUAUGGCACACUGGUGAAAGGCGCUAUCAGUGCAUCUUUUGUUUAGAGACCUUCAUGACCUAUUAUACUUUGAAAACCCAUCAGAAGUCUUUUCACGGUAUUGACCCAGGUCUCCCCACAAACAAGAAAACAGCCAAUGCUGGAUACAGAGCCAAGAUGUAUCCAUUCAAACUCUACAGGCUUCUACCUAUGAAGCUGCAAAAGAGACCCUACAAGACUUACACGCGAUCAAGUCCAGAAAAUUUCAACAGGAAUCAAACUAUCAGAGUUUCUUCAAAUGUUGAUCUCGGUAACAUUUCCUUUGGCAAUCCGUCGUCUGCUUCAGAGGAUUUGCAGGACAAGUUGAUCUCUUCGGAGACCAUUCCUUCAGAACACUCACUUCAUUUUGCGUCAGCUCCGGAUGGGCGGAAUGGAGGAGAAGACGCACCACCUUGCCUGUCAGGAGCUAGUGAUGGCCAAUUCAAUGAUCCCUUGCUUCCUUGGUCUUCCACUGAAAAUGAAGCUCAUCAUGGUGAAAACCACUGUGUUGAAAUUGAACAACAAUGUUUAGCCACUGAUGUUAAUACAGCAGGUCCUUCUGUUAUUAACUAUGGGCAUACAGCACCCUCUGUGAUAAUGCAUAGCAACAGGGUUUCUUCCGUUAUAAAGCAUGGAAAUGCUUUUUCUUCUGUCAUUGCAUAUAGUGGUGGUAAUGAUGGUUAUCAAACGUGUCCUAAGACCAGUGUUAGCAGUGAUCCUUCAGAUACAAAAACAAGGAAGAACAUGGCUAAAGAAAGUCUUAAACUACAGAAUAAAGGUAGUUAUAGGAAAACUGUAGAAUCAGCCAAGGGAAGUGGACAGCUUUCAGGACCAGGAGCUGCACACAAGAACCGUUCAAGUACUUUCUCCGAAGGAAGCCGGACAGAAACCUACAUUGCAAAGCCUGCCUGCCCUGGAACCUCCGCUGACAACCAGGUAGCCCCUCUCUGCCAAAUUACUGUGAAAAUUGCUGAUAAAGCAGUUGUGCAAAGACACAUUGCCAGCUCCAAACUGUUCGGUAGAAAGGGCCGGAAGCCAAAAUGGAUGGUGUCAAAAGAGGAAAAGGUGGCUGAAAAUUUCAAGAUGGAGGAAGAUGAAGAUCAAAAUAUGAAGUCAGCUGGCUGUCCUGAUCCUGCUGGAAGUAAUGCGGAUCCUGCAGGAGGCAUAGAAACGUGCGAUGAAAUGAGCGAUCAUGAUUCAAAUGACAAACUUUGGAGACCGUACUAUAAGUACAAGCCAAAGAAGAAAGCUAAAGCAUUUCACAAAAUGAGAAAAUCUAGGUGGAAAAGACAGCAUGGAUCUAAGGACCAUAACCUUCCUGAGUCUAUAUCUAGCACAACUGAAGAAAAGGAUGUUCCUGAAGAAAUUGCUCAUAAUAACAUUACUAGUGAUGACUCCCAAAACUGGAGUAAUCAGCUUGAUAAUAGAGUAAAACCUGUUGAAGAAAAACUAGAAAGUAACCUGAAAUGGGGUGCAACUAAAAAGCCUUACUCAUGUACCCUUUGCGCAAAAUUAUUUUCAAACCCUUCUACUCUGAAGACACACCUAAGGUGUCACACUGGUGAGCAGCCAUUCUCCUGCGAAACUUGUGGACGCCGAUUUUCAGUCCAAGGAAAUCUCCACAAACACAAACGCAUUCAUCUGGGUAUGAAAGAGUUUGUUUGCAUGUACUGUGACAAGGCCUUCACUUUGAGCGAGACCCUGAAAACGCACGAGAGGAUUCACACGGGCGAGAAACGGUACCGUUGCCAUUUUUGUCCGCAACGUUUCCUUUACCUGACGACAAAGAAAAAUCAUGAGCAGAAGCACUUGGAAAAAAAACGUGCUCAACAGGAAGGGAAAGAACAUGUAUGCUUCCAGUGCUUUAAAAUAUGUAAAACUGCAGCUGCACUUGGUAUGCACCAAAAGAAGCACGCAGUAAAGCCAUCUGCUCAAAAAGAUUCUCAGGUAUUGUUGGACUUCAAAGAUGACCAACACACAAAUUUGAAAACAGAAUCCAAACAUAAAAGUGGAGCAGAGGCAGAGGAUGAAUACCCUCUGCCAACCACAUCUGGAAAUGAUGACCAGAUGAAUUGUUCGCUCAGUACAGAGCCAUUGCUUCCCGCCACCCAACCUGAACUGGCACCUGUACCACAGCAGAAUAAUUGUGUUGCAUAUCCAUGGACAGCUGCUGCUCACAAUGUGGGACCACGUCACUUACAAAGAACGCUGCCAGAGAACAGUGAGAAAACGUGGAAAGUUCACCAGCAAAGUCUAGAUAUAAAUCUGCCUCUUUGUACAAAUAGUUCAUACAAUCCGCAUGACAGUAGCCAUGGAGAUGAUGAAAGACUUGCUUUCUAUCAACGUGCUUCCGAAAUGUUUUAUAGCCAUCAGGUGGAGGGGAUAGUGUACAAAGCUAUGUGAAAGGACUGGUUGAGAAACGUAUGUGCUUCCUUGGAAUGAUGUAGCAAUAUUCCCUGAAAUCCAACAUAUUUAACUGAAAGGUUUCUGUGAUUCCCCAAGUGUGGGCAGUAGUAUAUUUUGAUGAUGUUGAAAAGUCAGAUGUUUAGUGAAAUUGAAAAAGAAUUCAAAUUUCCUUUUGAAGCUUAAAGAUUCCACCUUUUUGUUGUUAUGAUGCCCUAAUUUCCUCUGGGAAAUGUAAUCCAUUACUAUAAAUUUGUUGAAACAAAAAAGAAUUAAGUUUUCAUUGCCUUACGACAAGGCGCAGAAAGGCAAAUCCUUGGUGUAAGAGGAAGAUCAGAAACAAAAUUGAAUAAUUUAUUUUUAAUGAAAGGAAGGGAAAGUAGAAUGUAUAAUAUGGCAAACAUCCAACACAUUUGAGUUCUAAAACAUGAGAAAAUAUUGAAAAGAAACAAAUGAUAACCAUGACCAACCUAGCAGUAGACUUAUUCCAGACUUUGUGACUGCACAUGUAUACAUGGGACCUCCAUGUAUGUAUAUAACUUUUUUACUACAUUAAUAUAUAACUGGAUAGGUUUAUUCAUGAUCUAUUCCAUGUUCAUGAGUAAAGGUCUAUUGAAAAAUAUUGUUGUCUUGAAAAUCCAGUUCAGUUGAAACUUUUUUCCCCUCUAUUUUAUACAAAAUGAGACUUAAAUCUUGGUGAAAGAAAAAUGAACUGUUAUGUCCCUUUGCUCUUUCCUAAAGUGACACAUACUUUAGUUUUGUAGGUUUUUUUUUUACCAUAAAACAGUUACAAAGAUUUAAGGAACUUUCCUAUUGUACAUAAUGUGAAUAACAUGAAAUUUCAUCCUGUAAACUUCUUGUGGCAGCCGUUAGAUUAACAUUUAACAUAAUUAAAUGUAAAAGAGUUUGUUUGUGUCAAGCCAAAUAUUCAUUCUCAUGGUGAGGAAAGGGAUAAAGUUACUUUUGGAUAAAAGUAUGAAAAGACAUAUGAACACUGUAAUGAUAUUGAUGGAAUUGAUUUGAUGUAAUAAAGCAAAUUUUAAAAUGUGA